CCUCGAGGGCCUUAAAAAAAAAAAAUCAAAAGCAAGCCUUCGAUCUCUCUGUUUUGUUUUCUCUUCUUUCUCCCGAAGUCCACGUUGCACUUUUUACCCAGGUUCUAUCUGUCUUGUUCCUCUCAGAAAACAAAAGCAGUGCUUCGUCUUUUUUAGAGUUGCAGCAAACAGCAGCAAUGGAAAAAGAAAUGUUUUGAGGGAAAUUAAGGAAAAGCGGGAGAAGUGAGUGAGUAGUAACUAACUAUGAGUGCUCCACGGCGACGUCCGAUUGCCACGCGCGGCCGUGGUGGUGACCUACGCCCGCAGCCGCUGCCAACGCCGCCAAUGCGAGAAGUUUACAACAUAAUCCCUGUCCACGACCUUCUAGCAGAUCAUCCGUCCCACAGAUACCCUGAAAUACGCGCCGUCGGGGCGCUGUUACUUCCGGCUUUAAACCUCCCGAAGCCACCGUUCAUCAUUGGAACACACAUGGACCUUAUGGACUGGUUAGGCUACUCCUUCGUCCAAAGCGACAACGUUCGGAACCAAAGGGAACACCUCGUCCUCCACUUAGCCAACUCCCAAAUGCGCCUCCAGCCGCCUCCGACUAACCCCGAUGAACUCGUCCCUAACGUCCUCCGAAGAUUCCGCAAGAAGUUACUCCAAAACUACACCUCCUGGUGCUCUUUCCUCGGCGUAAAAUCCCACCUCCACCUUUACGCUCGCCGAAGCAACAGCAACGACGUCACGCGCGAGCUCCUCUACGUUUCUCUGUACCUCCUAAUCUGGGGAGAAGCCGCCAACCUCCGCUUCGCUCCCGAGCUCCUCUCUUACAUUUACCAUCACAUGGCAAUGGAAUUAAACAAAGUUCUAGAAGAACACCUCGAUGAAUUUACCGGAAGGCCCUUCGUGCCUUCGAUUUCAGGUAACUGUGCUUUCUUGAAAUGUAUAGUUAUGCCGUUUUACCGAACGAUUAAAACGGAAGUGGAGAGUAGUAGGAAUGGAACGGCGCCGCAUUCGGCUUGGAGGAACUACGAUGACAUAAAUGAGUACUUUUGGAGUAUGAGGUGUUUUAAGAGUUUAAAAUGGCCGAUUGAUUACGGGAGUAAUUUCUUUGAUACGGUAGAGAAAUCUAAAAGAGUUGGGAAAACUGGGUUUGUUGAGCAACGAUCGUUUUGGAAUGUGUUUAGGAGUUUUGAUAAGUUAUGGAUUCUGUUAAUUCUAUUUUUACAGGCUUCCAUUAUUGUUGCUUGGGCGGGAACGAAGUAUCCGUGGGAAGCUUUGGAGGCAAGGGAUGUUCAGGUGGAGUUGUUAACUGUUUUUAUUACAUGGGCCGGCCUCCGGUUUUUGCAAUCUGUGCUUGAUGCUGGGACUCAGUAUAGUUUGGUUUCGAGGGAGACCUUGUGGCUUGGAAUACGGAUGGUGUUGAAGAGUGUGGUUGCUUUGACUUGGAUUGUUGUGUUUGGGGUUUUCUAUGGGAGGAUUUGGAGUCAGAAGAAUGCUGAUAGGAGGUGGUCUUUUGAAGCAAACCAAAGGAUUGUUACAUUUCUUGAGGCUGUGUUUGUGUUUGUCAUUCCAGAGUUGUUGUCAUUGUUGUUUUUUAUGAUUCCCUGGGUUAGAAAUUGGAUUGAAGGGUUGGAUUGGGUGAUUAUUUCUUGGUUGACGUGGUGGUUUCAUACUUGGAUUUUUGUUGGUCGUGGACUGAGGGAAGGUUUAGUUGAUAAUAUCAGGUAUACUUUGUUUUGGGUCGUGGUGUUAGUUUGGAAGUUCGCAUUCAGUUAUUUUCUUCAAAUAAAGCCCCUGGUCGCUCCAACAAAGGAGCUUUUGAGUCUUUCAAAUCUUAGCUAUAAUUGGCACCAGUUUUUUGGUAGUAGCAAUAGAAUUGCUGUUGUGUUGCUGUGGUUGCCUGUCCUUCUGAUUUAUUUUAUAGAUUUGCAAAUCUGGUAUUCGGUUUUUUCAUCGUUUGUUGGUGCAGCAAUUGGGUUGUUUUCGCAUUUGGGUGAAAUCAGGAAUAUGGAGCAACUCAGGCUUAGGUUUCAGUUCUUUGCUAGUGCAAUGCAAUUUAAUCUCAUGCCAGAGGAUCAGCUGCUAAGUCCCAAAGCAACAUUGGUGAAGAAACUUCGUGAUGCAAUUCAUCGAGUGAAGCUGAGAUAUGGACUUGGUCAGCCGUACAAGAAGAUUGAAUCAAGCCAAGUGGAAGCAACAAGGUUUGCCUUGAUAUGGAAUGAAAUAAUUAUUUCUUUGAGGGAGGAAGAUCUCAUUAGUGAUAGAGAGGUUGAGCUCAUGGAACUGCCACCUAAUUGCUGGGAGAUUAGGGUAAUUCGCUGGCCAUGUUUGCUCCUAUGCAAUGAGCUGCUUCUUGCUCUCAGCAAGGCAACAGAGCUGGCUGAUGCACCUGACUUGUGGCUUUGGUUGAAGAUAUGCAAGAAUGAGUAUGGGCGGUGUGCUGUUAUUGAAGCUUAUGAUAGCAUCAAGUAUUUGCUUCUUAGUGUCGUUAAAUGUGGCACUGAAGAGUAUUCCAUAGUCUUCAAAUUGUUUGAGGAGAUAGACUUCCACGUGCAAAAUGGGAAGUUAACUUCAGCAUACAGGAUGGAUGUGCUGCAGCAAAUUCAUGGCAAGCUAGUAUCCCUUGUUGAUCUUCUGGUGAAACAGAAAAAUGAUCAGAGUCAGGCAGUAAAUUUAUUGCAGGCCCUUUAUGAACUUUGCAUGCGAGAAUUUCCUAAGGUGAAGAGGUCCAUGGCCCAGUUGCGUGAGGAAGGUCUGGCACCUAGAAAUCCGGCAACUGAUGAAGGGCUGCUUUUCGAGAAUGCUAUCAAGUUUCCUGAUGCUGAGGAUGCUGAUUUUCAUAAGCAGCUAAGGCGUCUGCAAACAAUUCUUACUUCUAAGGAUUCAAUGCAUAAUGUUCCUCUGAAUCUGGAGGCAAGGAGGCGAAUUGCUUUCUUUAGCAACUCACUCUUUAUGAACAUGCCUCGUGCCCCUAACGUUGAGAAAAUGAUGGCUUUUAGUGUUCUAACUCCAUACUAUGAUGAAGAAGUAUUGUUUAAGAAAGGAAUGCUUGAAGAUGAGAAUGAAGAUGGCAUUUCCACCUUGUUCUAUCUGCAGAAAAUCUAUGAGGACGAGUGGAGAAAUUUUAUGGAAAGGAUGCACAGAGAAGGGAUGGAUGAUGAUGAUGAUAUUUGGAAGAAAAAGUUGAGGGAUCUCCGUCUUUGGGCAUCAUACAGAGGGCAGACAUUAUCCCGAACAGUUAGGGGAAUGAUGUAUUACUAUAGGGCUCUUAAGAUUCUUUCCUUUCUUGAUUCUGCAUCUGAGAUGGAUAUUCGAAUGGGCACACGAGAAAUUGCUUCUCAUCAUUCAUUAAACCAAACCGUGGUUGUGAUGGUAUUAAGCACCCACUCCAAAGAAACUUAGGUACGUCUGUUGUUCAAGGGACAUGAGUAUGGAUGCGCUUUGAUGAAAUUCACCUAUGUAGUCACCUGUCAGUUGUAUGGGCGGCAAAAGGCGAAAGGAGAGAGUCAUGCUGAGGAAAUUCUGUAUCUGAUGAAAAACAAUGAAGCUCUUCGAGUUGCCUAUGUAGAUGAGGUUCAGUUAGAGAGAGAUGAGGUUGAGUAUUACUCUGUUCUUGUGAAGUACGACCAACAGCAGCAGAGGGAGGUAGAGAUUUAUCGAAUUAGGUUGCCAGGGCCCUUGAAACUUGGGGAAGGAAAACCAGAGAACCAGAAUCAUGCGAUAAUUUUUACUCGAGGUGAUGCAAUUCAGACCAUUGACAUGAAUCAAGACAAUUAUUUUGAGGAGGCACUUAAGAUGCGGAAUUUGUUGGAGGAGUUCAAGACCAAUUAUGGUAUUAGGAAGCCAACUAUUCUGGGAGUUCGUGAGAAUGUCUUCACAGGCUCAGUUUCCUCACUUGCAUGGUUUAUGUCUGCUCAGGAAACAAGUUUUGUGACCCUUGGGCAGCGUGUUCUAGCAAACCCUUUGAAGGUGAGAAUGCACUAUGGUCACCCAGAUGUGUUUGAUCGAUUCUGGUUCUUGACUAGGGGUGGAAUUAGCAAGGCUUCUAGAGUGAUUAAUAUCAGUGAGGAUAUAUUUGCUGGCUUCAAUUGCACUCUGCGAGGUGGCAAUGUAACACACCAUGAAUAUAUACAGGUGGGUAAAGGAAGGGAUGUGGGGUUGAAUCAGAUCUCUAUGUUUGAGGCCAAGGUUGCCAGUGGCAAUGGCGAGCAGGUAUUGAGCAGAGAUAUCUACCGAUUGGGUCAUAGGUUGGACUUAUUUCGGAUGCUUUCUUUUUACUACACAACUGUAGGACACUACUUUAACACGAUGAUGGUGGUACUGACUGUUUAUACAUUUUUGUGGGGCCGCCUCUAUCUUGCACUCAGUGGCGUUGAGAAGGAAGCCAAGAAUAAGAGUAUCAGCAAUGAGGCUCUUGGAACAAUCUUGAAUCAGCAGUUUAUAAUACAGCUUGGUCUGUUCACUGCACUUCCAAUGAUUGUUGAGAAUUGUCUUGAACAUGGGUUUCUUCCAUCAAUUUGGGACUUCUUGAAAAUGCAGUUGCAGCUAGCAUCAUUCUUUUACACUUUCUCUAUGGGGACACGAACCCAUUUCUUUGGUCGGACCAUCCUUCAUGGGGGUGCUAAGUACCGAGCCACUGGGCGUGGUUUUGUGGUUGAGCACAAGCGCUUUGCUGAAAAUUAUAGACUUUAUGCUCGAAGCCAUUUUGUUAAGGCAAUUGAACUUGGUGUUAUUCUAGCGGUGUAUGCUUCUUAUAGCCCACUGGCUAAGGAUACUUUCGUUUACAUAGCUAUGACAAUUUCAAGUUGGUUCCUUGUGGUGUCGUGGAUAAUGUCCCCUUUUGUGUUCAAUCCUUCUGGCUUUGAUUGGCUGAAGACUGUGUAUGAUUUUGAUGAUUUUAUGAAUUGGAUAUGGUGUAGAGGUGGUGUGUUUGCAGAAGCGGAUAAGAGCUGGGAAAUAUGGUGGUAUGAGGAACAAGACCAUUUGAGAGCAACAGGUCUCUGGGGAAAGCUACUAGAGAUAAUUUUAGACCUUCGUUUCUUCUUCUUCCAGUAUGGUAUUGUGUAUCAGUUGGGCAUUGCUGAUAAUAGCACCCGUAUAACUGUUUACCUGCUAUCUUGGAUAUAUGUGGUUGUGGCUGUUGGAAUUUAUGUGAUUAUAGCAUAUGCUCAAGACAAAUAUGCAGCAAAAAAGCACAUCUACUAUCGAGUAGUUCAGCUUGUAGUUACCAUACUUACAGUACUUGUAAUUGCCUUAUUGCUGAACUUGACCAAAUUUAAGUUUCUUGAUCUUGUCACAAGUCUUCUGGCAUUCAUUCCUACAGGAUGGGGUCUGAUAUCCAUUGCCCUAGUGCUUAGACCCUUUCUGCAAUCCACUGUGGUGUGGGAGACUGUAGUUUCCUUGGCACGGCUGUAUGAUAUGUUGUUUGGAGUGAUUGUCAUAGCUCCUGUGGCAUUGCUAUCAUGGUUGCCUGGAUUCCAGUCCAUGCAGACAAGAAUCUUAUUCAAUGACGCAUUCAGCAGAGGUCUGCAGAUAUCUCGCCUUAUUUCUGGCAAAAAAUCUAUGGCAUGAUGUCAAGAGCUAGAAUGCGUUUUCAAAUUAUGAACUCUGAGCUGUCUCUUGGCUGUGUUUGAGAUUGAGCAAAAUCACUGGCUGGAAACGCUAUUGACAUCAUUGAAAAAGAGGCAGAGCUUGAUGCUUGAUUGAAUCAAAUAUCAGAAGUAAUGAAAUUGCACAAACCAUGCAAUGGUCUUCUCACUCGUGCUAAAUGGUUAUUAUCCUUCCAGGCUGAGGACUAAAUAUUCAAUAAUCUAAACUUCCCCUCCCUAUUGGCCUUGGUAAAUUGUAGUCUGGAAAGAAAAUCCAAUGUAAGGGUCAAAAACUUUGUACAGUAUUAUUUCAUAUAGUAAGUUUUUAUGAGUU